CUGUGUUUGAAACGAAAGGGGUGAUGUCACAAGAAGAACUUAUCGAGCAGAUAGAGGCCCUGCAAAGAGAAAUAACCCAGCUGAAGCAGCAGACCGUGUUCUCUGAUAUUCAGCCAUAUAUUGAAGAGAAUGAACACAAGUUCAAGAAGUUGAUAAUCUCGAACGUUGGGCUCGAAUAUCUGGUCAAGUUUAACAAACCUGGCAUACUGAAACAGAUCAGGGAGAGAGUAGCAAAUGAUCUUAUGCAGGAGUUGGAAAACAUCCAGUUACUGGACCCAGUAAAGGGAACACUACUGACGUACAACGAAGAGUUUCAACAGUUUGAACAAGAUGGUGUUUAUCAUUUGGAUUUCCAGUAUGCAAGUUCUUCAAGCAGUUGUGACCAUCAGCAUGGACAUUCACACUCACAUAGUAUCGAUGGAGAUGACGAUGAUGACGAUUUCACCGAUGAUGAGAAUUUUUACAACAGUUGUAGCUGUUCACACCCAUAGAAUCACUCGAACCAAAGGAACAGUUUGCAAGGUUCCCAUCGUUAUAUUUAAUUCGACAGCUGACUAUAUAUACAUACAAGAGCCGCCUCUGUUGCCUCCAGCAGUCGUAAUAUUCCUGUCAUAGUCCAUAAUAAAAGUAGAACAUUAAGGCUGUUACCCUAUCACGGAGUAAUAACUAGU